GUUCUUUAAAUAAAAUAAUUAAUAAAUAAUUAAAUUAAUAAGUUUUUUAAAGAUGUCUACCAUUGAAGUUUUCAAUCGAGACGUGAAGACUUUCAAAGAGAGCGAGAUUGAUGAUUUGCUGUCCAAAUUGACCAAGGAGGAACUGGAAGAAUUGCACCUGGAAUUAGUUGAUUCCGACGACCCACACAUACCCCCAUCAGAUAGAUGUCGCUACAAAACAGACAAGGAGGCCAGUGGACCGUUUGACAGGCAGAAACUUCUGGAGUAUUUGGAGACCAAAGCUGCUAAAGAGAAAGAUUGGGCAGACGCAAAACCCUAUGUUAAAGAAACCAGAGGGAAAGUAUGGAAACCCAAAGAAGCAGAUAAAGUGGUGAUCAGGAAAGAUCUAGACGAUGUCGUCGAGACGGAAUGGGACGAAGCCUUGAAGAGUGCAACUGAGGACGAGCUGGUUGAUUUAGCUGCUGUUUUGGGAUUUCAUGGAUUGUUGAAUCAGAAUCAGUAUCACCAUGCAUUUGUUUCCGGAAAGCAGGCAGCCGAAAUCCCAGGAGGACUGCAGUCAAUAACAAAGUGUGAGCCCUGCAAGCAGUAUGAAAAUGAACCAGCCAAUGACACUGAUGUUGAAUUGAGCUUGAGAAAGCUUAUAGGUAAUGAUGCUACCCUCACUGAACUCAAUCUUAACAAUAUUAAGGAAAUCCCCAACGAGCUAUUAUUAGAUAUUUUCAAUUCCCUAAAAAGUAACACUGUACUGGAGAAGCUGCAUCUGGCCAACAUUGGACUCACUGACAAACCUGCAAAGGUAUUAGCAGAGGCCAUUAGAGAAAACAGGAGAUUGACCAUGUUGAAUGUGGAAAGUAACUUCCUUAGUGGCCAGACCAUUGCUGACCUUGUAAGGUCGGUCAACUGUCAUCAGACCAUAGUUGACCUCAAAGUAGCCAACCAGAGACCUCAAGUUCUGGGAGUGAAGAGUGAGAUGGAGAUUGCGGAACUGGUGAAGAGGAACAAGACCCUCCUGAAGUUCAGCAUCUUUCUCGAAGUCCCAGCCGCCAGGAUCGAGAUAUCUAAGUCCCUGCAGGCUAAUAAUGAUGCUUUGAGGCAGGUGAGAGUUGACAAGAAGAUUUGAACAUCUUACGCGCCAUCAUCGUCUGUCGAAUUCAAUUUAUUGUAAAUAUGAAUGAUUGAGUAAGUGAAUGAAUGAUUGAUUGAUCAAUCAAUCCAUUGAUCACAUGUUUUGUUCAAUCUAUCAUGCUGUCUUUUUUUCUAUACGAAUAAUUUGUUUUUAAAAUAUAGAUAGAU